AUGCAAUCUGACUCUAGAACAUCUCCACCGCAGUCAACUUCAAAUCAUAACCGAACAAGAUCAAGCUCAGCGGUUUCAAAUUGGAAGAAACAAAAGUAUAAACAGUAUCAACCUCGAUUCUUACAUGAGACUUCGGAUAGUCAGAUUUCAUUGCCAUCUGCUGAAUGUUUUAAACUUGAUUAUAUUUUAAAGAAUGUGCUUCAUGAUGAAUCAGAGCAAGUUAUAAACGACCUACUAAACGUUAGCGCCAAUUAUCAAAAGGAUUUAAGACAAGAGAUCAAGCACAAAUUAGCCACAGAACAAAGGAUUCAGUUUAAGAAUAUCAACAUAUGUCGUGAAACUAAUAACAUAAAUCUGAUUGUGCAUCAGCGCAGAAAGAAAUUGAAAAAGGCAUUAACUUCAUCGAGUUUUGGUAAUGUAGAUGAUUCAAAUGCAUACGAUGAGGGAGAGGUCAACCAUCUUUUAAGGAAAAGCAUAGAUAUUAGUGAUCGCAUAAAGAGCACAAUUUCAAAGCUACAUGACCUAGAGGAGAAACAUCGACCGGGUCGUGAGAGUUUAGUUAGCAUUAAGAGAGAAAAGUACCCCAAUUUGUACAAAUUAUUGAGUAAAAAAACUGAGUCUUCAAAGAGUCAAGGUCUGGCGGAUACUGAGAUUAUAGAAGAGAACUUGAAUGAGAAUGAUGCGGAUUCCAAGAAUGAGAUUGUACCGAACGAAGAAGCUCAAAUCGAAGAAGAGAUUGACGAUUCUAACUUAGAGACUGAGUCACCAUUUAUUGACGAGGCUGAGGGAACGCGACACGAAAAGCUUGAAUCAACCACGAGUAAACCAGCUUUACCGCAAGAUGACAUCAUGGAUCCCACUGAGUUUGAGCUUUUCAUGUCGAACAGUAUAGUCAAAUAUCGCGAGCAACAAAACAAAAGUUUAAAGACAAUCAAAACCGAUGACCAAAGUUUAGUGUUGUCACAAAUCAGUCACAAAUCAGGUGGGAAUCCAUUAAACCUACUAUAUUCUCAACUAAUAUCCAAUCCCAAGUAUUUAGACCAGCACCAGCGAGAGCAAAAUGCGUCAAAGUAUCCAUUUUCGUCAAUUUUGUCAUUGAAGUCAUCAGCAACAAUCAAAUCAACCCAGCAGAGCUCGCAUUACAAGAAAUUGAGAAUCAAUGGAAGUCCUCUCACGUCUGAGCAUUUCCAACGCGAAAGGGAAAGGCUACAACAGCGUAGCGAGCAAUCUGGUGCGGCUUUAACAGCUAAAAUGUUGGAAGAGUUGGCACUUGAUCAUGAAGAUGGGACAGUCAAUGAUGAAAAUGAAGAUGUCUGGAACUCAUCUGGUAUGAAUACAGAGGAUGAUGAUGAAGGGAUAGAGGUUGACAAAAGCGACGCGGAUCUCCAUCUUGAACCCCACCUCGAAAGUGAUGUCUCAAAUGAGACCUCUUCCCUUUCAUCUUCAGAUCUAGACACGUCGGACUCUGAUUCAUCAACUGAUUUACACCUCCAGCUUGCAAACAACUAUUAUACGAAUUUGCAACAUGGUGUGAAACCAAAACGACGUGACCACAAGGUCAGAAAGGCAACAAAUAGAAGGAAAACAAGAUUACAAGUGAAGGAAAUGUCACCAACCCCAAAACACAAGCCAUCACAUCAUAUACUUAAACCAAAAAGCUCAAUUUUGAAAACAAAAACGACAUCUCCUGUUCGGCAACGAUCAAACUUGCGCAAAGAGAAUGCCAAUAUUGUCAAUGAUGCAUAUGACCACGAAAUAAGUGCACUAUCAGAAGUGAAUAACGCUUAUGGAUCAAAGACUGACAAUUGCAUUAGCUCUUUUAAUGCGAGCGGGACCAUUAUUUUGAAACAUGACAAGCAUAAGCACAACCACCAUGAUGAACACGAUCAAGUAGAGAAUGACGUCGUUUCGAAAGGAGAGGGAAGUCCUCGUUCAAUAUCUAUCUUGAAAAGCUUUGUGCAGUAG